CAGUGUGCGUUGUUUCUCCAGACAACGCUCUGCUGGCUCACUUCAUAAUGCAUAACGUUUAAUUCAUACAUCAGGGACGUGUUGUGUCGCAGUUAAAUCGAUAUUUUUGGUGUAAAGUGAGUACAGUUUGUAGUCGACCCUUAAUUUAUUUCAUGGAGCCCGGAGAGGCCAGCGAGGCGGAGGCAGCAGGUAGUGUGUCUGCGGCGCAGAGGAGGGCAGAGAUCCGGAGGAGAAAACUGCUCAUGAAUUCAGAGGAUAGGAUGAACAGAAUCACGGGUUUCAUUAAAAUCGAGCCUGAAAUCAAAGCUGCAGCGCUCCGGCGUCCAACAGAGCCUCGCUUCCACCUAGAUCUGGACAGGACAGAGCCCUGGUCAUCCUCCUCAUCUUCCCCAAGACCGUCCCCUUUCCUGUCAGAGGCUUCGGGGCUCGUCAGCCGCUCCCGAGGUGCCACCCCCGAGAGGAGGGGGUCUCCUGUGCCUGACAGUGAGCCACUGGGAGGCUCUCUGGAAGACGACAUUGGAGGGAUUCGCCCGAAACCCAGAGGGGAGCGGGUAUCAGACGACCCCAGUGGCUCCCCACGCAGAGGCCUCCAGAAGUACCUGUCCCGGUUUGACGAUGCCAUGAAACUGCGGGGUCAGCUGGCCAAUGAGAAGCCGGACCAAGAUGGAGGGUCUGAACCAGAGGAGUUUGAUCCCUUCAUAAUCUUCCGUCUCACUGGCAGCAUCCUCCUCGCGGUUUUUGUCAGGGUUUUUGUCUGCACAUUUCUGUCAAUAUUUGCUCCAUUUCUGACCCUCGAACUGGCCUACAUGGGGUUGUCCAAAUACUUUCCAAAGGUAGAUAAAAAGCCCCAGACCACCGUGCUGACCGCCGCCCUGCUGCUGUCCGGGAUCCCCGCUGAGGUCAUCAACCGCUCCAUGGACACCUACAGGAGGAUGGGGGACGUCUUUGCUGACCUCUGCGCUUACUUCUUCACCUUCAUCCUCUCACACGAGAUCCUGCUGUUCAUUGGUUCAGAGACUCCCUGAUGGACCAUGGGGAACUUACUAACCCCGCCCCCCUUCUUGUUAUCACUUCCCUCUCUCUCCCAUAGCAACAGUGCAUGGUCGUUUAUUUUGGCUGACGUGGCUUUUGUUGUGGACAGUCUGCAAACGAGUCCUUACUGCCUUAUGAUCAGGGUUGUACAUGCGACCAGAGUCCAGUGUGCGUUACAGAUCGUCAGGUUAUAUCUGCUCCGGGCUGAACCUGUGAAACAGGAAGACGGCAUGUGUUUGCUUUUGAAAAGAUGUUCUGUGGCAUUUAUCGUGCUGAGGAAUAUCUAUUUGUCAGGUCUAGCACAGAAAAAAAAUCAUACUGAAAAGUAGAAACCAGUUCAGCUUAGUGCAUUUAAGUUAUUAAAGCGCUGAGUGAUAAUUCUAAAACUCACAGCAUUCAGUAAACAUUUCUAGUAAUGAUGCAUAUCACAGUAUGGAAAGUGUAUGCCAAAUCACAUAAAGUAAGAAAACUGUUUCAAUGCAAUGACCUAUUUUCUAGUUUACAUUACAUCAGAAAAACCAGAGGAGGAUUUAAAAAAAAAAAUCGUUUUGUUCUAAGGUAUCUCUCUUUUUUCUCAAGUUUCUGACUUGAAUCUUCACAUUAAAGGUUUCUUUCUACACAUAGGGCCCUUUCCCCUGUCAAAAUAAAUCGGCUAUCCAGAAAAGAAGAUAAAGAAAAUAAAUGACAAUGAAUUUACUUGGGACAAAACUGAAUUUCUUCUCUAUCCCCUACAUAUGUUUUGAUUGUUAAAGUCCCAAAGGUGGAGUGUCAUACUUAUGAUCCUCCAUUUUAUAGUUAGUAAGAGAUUUAAAAAGAUGAUUUGAACAUUUUACAGUAACAGGUUCCCGAUUUUUAUUUGGUGUCUAAAGAACUUGAACUCUCUUUCAAUUACAACUUUUCCUUUCUUUGUCUAAGAGGUACAAGAAGCAUUUAGUCCUUGAAUGUGGUGUGUAUUAUUUUGCAUGGCUAUAGGAGCUUAAAACACAGUAAACUUCAUACUAUAUAAUACUAGUAAUAGUAAGUGUGGCUGAGGGGAAUGUUUUGGGUUAUACUGGACAGUACUCCCGCUGGAAAUGUUUUAGGGGCAGUUUGUAUGCUUAUUUGUGUUGAGUAAUUCUGGUGAUGUGUCCUGCUUUGCUUUGUUUGAGUCUCAUGCAUACAUACUUCAUAUAUACCCUCUACUACUACUUUUGUGCAGUAAUGUCUUCUCCAUAACUUAAUUCAUCCAAAUUAUUUAUUAAUGUGAAUGUAUUAUUUCAUGUAAAUGAAUUGGACUUGUCAGACCUUGAUUAUUUUUGAUAACGUUUACAGAAUAACUGUUUGUAGUGGCUCUCACAAUAUGUUACUUCAGUAACAAAUUCAGUGUUACAAUAUAACCUAAUGAUACGUCUCUAAAUAAAGACAUACGAAUGACUAACCGGACCAUUCAAACCAAAUAAAUACUACUUGUGUGAUA